AUGGUCUCGCUCAAGGGCGCACUGAUGACCAAGCUCAGGCUGAGCGACGAGGGACCGCACCUCGUCGUUAUCACCGCCCACCUCGACGCCCACAGCCUUGACAUCCGGCUGGCGCAGCUCAAACAGAUCAUGACCGAGCUGGUUCACAAAGAGUUGGCCGAGGACGAAGAGGCGCGCAUUGUGUUGGGCGGCGACCUCAACAUCGACAGCAUUCACCACGCGGAGGCGUGGGAGGCCACCAAGGGGAUCCUCCACCCACUCGAGAGCGCCAUGGACAAGGGCGCCUACCGCGGCCCCGAGGGCGGCCGGCCCUACCCAGUCACCCACCACAAGUGGGACGUGUGCCUGGACCACAUCUUCGUGCACGGCGUGGCCGUCGACGCCGACUCGCUCCAGCUCCACAAGUGGCCCGCCGUCUUCGCCACUCCACCACCACCGACAGCAGACGACACCGAGCCGGUAUUGGUCUCCGACCACUACGGCGCGUCGCUGACCUUCGUUCCAUGA